GGCGCCCAGAACCCCACACCGUCGGCUCUGGGUCCCGGGCACUGGCCGGGCGGGCCCAGAGCGCGGCGGGCAGCAGGAUUCACGGGGUAGCUGGGUCCGUGCGGCGCAGUUGCCGAGUCCCGCGGGCGCCGGGAAAAGAGGCGGGGCGGCGGGGUCGAGGGCGGAGCAGCGGCCGCGACCGUGAGCCCGCCCCCCGCUCGCCCUCCACCGGCCCGCUGGCGCUGCCAUGGAGGUCUACAUCCCGUCUUUUCGCUACGAGGAGAGUGACCUGGAGCGGGGAUACACGGUGUUUAAGAUAGAAGUGCUAAUGAAUGGAAGAAAACAUUUUGUUGAAAAAAGGUACAGCGAAUUCCAUGCCCUGCACAAAAAGCUUAAGAAAUGUAUUAAAACUCCAGAAAUCCCCUCUAAACAUGUUCGGAACUGGGUCCCAAAAGUCUUGGAACAACGACGACAAGGUUUGGAAACAUAUUUACAGGCUGUCAUUCUAGAAAAUGAAGAACUCCCCAAACUGUUUCUUGACUUCCUAAACGUGCGACAUUUGCCCUCUCUACCAAAGGCAGAGAGUUGUGGAGUUGCACAAACUGAGACCAGGAAUGAAGUGCCUUCCCAAGAUCUCUUGCCUUGGAGCUGGCAGAGCCCAGGCCUCUUGUAUCUUUUGAUGAGACAGAAUCUGAAGAGUCAAGCAAACUGUCCCACCAGCCGGUGCUGCUGUUCCUCAGGGAUCCAUACGUCUUGCCUGCAGCCAGCGAUUUUCCCAAUGUGGUUAUUGAAGGAGUUCUCCAUGGGAUAUUUUACCCUCAUCUACAGCCCAGGUAGAAACCCUUCCAUGGCUAGAAGAAGCUGAGGCAAGUUUCGAAGGCGCAGUGAAGGAAAUCGAUACCUACCAAAUUAACCCAAACUCUCUGACAUAACUGCUCUCGCUAGUGGUGAAAUUCACAGCCCCAGCUUAAUUCAAGGCAGGGACAUUUCCAUUAGAAUGGUGCUUUAAAAAUAGAAACUGAACCUGGACGGUGCUGAAGGUUAAGGCCAAGUGUUUUAAGAAGUAGAAUGUAGCUGCCAAUUUAGAAACCCAGGAGAAGGAGGCUGGAGAGGAUCCUGAGGGAUAUAGGGGUAACAGAUCAGUUCCUCCCUACUGCAGUCGCACCAUUUGCUGAUUGAAAAUCUUAUCCUGAAUCACAAUGAGACUGAUCAACUUUGGUAGCUUUUUGGUUUAGAUUUUAUGAUACACUAAUCUUUUCGUCAUGAGCUUUUUCUCAGCCAGUAAUGGAUACAUUCUGAAGUGCUGGCACCAGGAUAGUAUCACAGAAACACACUGUGCUAAACAUCAGGAAGGAACUAAACUGGAAAUUAAAUUUUACUUGCAAUAUUAGGGCAUUUUUUAAAAUUAUGGCAUUUUUAUUUAUGUUAUAGUGGAGUUGCAUCAUAUCCAGGGGUUAGCUUCUAAUUUCAGCACUUAAGAUAAAAUGGUACUGUGUCAGGAUUGUCCUUGAAAGUCCUUUAGACUGACGCCAUUUUGAAAAUCUGUAUCCACUACAACCAGUUUUUCCUCUAGUGUUCGAAGAGAUGACUGUUUCUUCAGUUGAAGACCAAUGGAAGUUGUUGAUGUGUUUAGGGACUAUUUUGUAUAAAAAACACAUACCUUUAAACACUAGAAUUACAUUUAGCCUUGCAAGAUGCUUGUCCUCUAAGAGACAGAUGAGAACUCAGUGACUAAGGGAACAUCAGAUUGACAACACUCAUCUUGGUUUACUUGAGGACAUCCAUUCAUUGACGAGGUGGUACUACCAUGGGAUUUAUUGUUAUUUUCCUUACUCCUCAUCAUUUCCUUUUCACUGACCUCAUAUACUGAAUUAAUGUAGAUUAAAUGUGUUUGUGAUGUAACUCCACUAUACAUCUUACAUUCAUAUUAUGAGUAGUAAAAGUUGAAAGCAUAUAUGCAACCUGUAUGUGUGUGCUGUAUUUGGGCAUUUUCUUGAAAACCAAUUAAUAGCUAGCUUAUUUAUGAUUAUUAGUUUAAGAAGCUUCUGUGUGGGAGAAGAAAUUUAGAUUUAAAACAACUAAAUCAUGGUUUUUGAUUAAGAUCUAAAUAUAGAAGUUUAAAGCUUGCUGAAAACUCUUAGAGAUAUAUUUAUAAUAGAUUUGUUACUCUAUGCUGGAAACAAGCAAAAACUAAUAAUCAAGUGUCAUCAACCAAAAAUGACUGAAUAGUCAAGUUUUGGAGAUAUUUUUAGAUGUUUUUGUUAUUAACUAUUUUGAGUUCAAUAAAAACAAAGAACAAGAAUUAUUUGAA